CUGUCGAACAAAAAUCUAGACUUUGCAAAUUUCAAUUUUUUUCGUCGAACAACUUUCUUUCGACGAACAAUUUCAAUCUGCGUGUACUCUGUCGAACAACUUUCUUUCGUCGCUUACUUUGUGAUUUUCGUGCUACCAUGGCUGGAGUUAUGCAGAAGUUCCUUGUUGCAUCAAUGUUCAUGUGGAUUCUUCCUAUAGCGAUAUUAUAUGGAUUCAACAAUGAUUUGCUUCCUGGUUCAACAACAUUGUCUCCGCAUUCUCUUACUCUACUGAGUGGAUUUCUUGCGGUGGUAUCAGUCAAUGUAGUGAUUGUGUUCUACAUCUGUCUGGCCCUGAAAGAACCUGCGGAUAAACACAAGCCAGACGCUUUGUUUGUAGCAGAGGCCAAAGAUAGUGUAAAGAAAUUUACAUCAGGAGUCACAAGUAGUGAUCCGGCGCUCAAGAAACAAGAAUAAGAGCUAACAAGGGCCUUGCCUACUGUAGACGUAAAGAAACAUUUGCCUACGUCACUCAAUUUGUAUGCAGAAGUUAGAAAUCAAAUUUAAAAAUGUAUUUUUAUAUACGGUAUCUGCUAAGUUUUUUUUUUUGUC